AUAGUCUGAAUGUGCAUUAAACAUAAUUAGACGUUCGUGAAAAGUCGAUCACUUUGAGGCAGUUUCAGUUCGCGGUAGCUGUAAAUGUUUCUUUGAUAAUGUUUUUUUACAAUCCAACUUAAAUAAAAACACUGUGAUAAAAUAUUUUACCAGUUAUACUAUUAUUUAUUAUAAUACCAACGGGAAUAUUUUAUCGCUCAAUGGAAAAACAAAAAUGGUUAUUCUUAACGUUAUUAUUGACCUAUGCGUUAGCCGAGCACGGCAAAAAGUCAUCUAAUAGUAAGCAGAUCGAUAAUGCAGAAGAGUCCACAGAAUCAAAACCACCAGAAAAACGUGGUUUAAAUAAUGUGCUCGGAUAUGGCCGAGGAACUAAUUCACAUUCGUCGCCGGAAAGUUCGGACUAUUCGGGGUAUACAUUUGGUGAUAACAAUGGUCGAGGUGGAAACGAAGGGGAUAGUGAACAGCUAUCUGCAAACAAUGAAAACCACAACAAUGGUAAUAACGGUUUCAGUCACUUCUUUUUCGAAAGGGGCGUUCCCGAUAACGGAGGCAAUGCUCAAGGGUCCAAUACAGGCCAUGAUGACCAUCAUAGCUCAAUAGGCGGAAGAAAUGCCAACCAUGGUUGGAUGGCCAGUUUCUUUAACGAAGGGAAACCUGAUAUUUCUGGCAGAGGGCACUUUUUCACUCCAGGUAAUGCCGGCGGCGGUGAACAACAUGGCUUUGGUGGUUCACAGCAAGCAUUUCAAGGGUACGGAAAUGGCGGAGAAAAUGUCGAUGCACACGAAUCAACCAACAACGACGGCUAUAGGAGCAACAUCGGUGGUUAUGGUGGAGGUGGUUUUGGGGGCGGUGGACACGGAGGAGGUAGCGGACAUGGAGGAGGCGGAGGGGGAGGAGGAGGCGGAUACGGAGGAGGAGGUGGAUACGGAGGAGGAGGUGGACAUGGAGGUGGUGGAUUUGGAGCAGGUAGAUUUGGAUCAGGCGGUCAUGGCUACGGACAUGGAGGACACGUCAGGACAGUGUAUGUGACAAAAGAAGUACCAGUUCCGUAUCCAGUUCACGUGGAAAAAAAAGUUCUCUACCCCGUCCGAGUACCGUACGAAAAACCCGUGCCGUAUCCCGUCCACAGACCAUAUCCGGUACACAUCGAGAAACAAGUGCCCUACCCGGUCAGAGUACACGUACCGCAACCAUACCCUGUAACGGUGGAGAAACACGUACCAUUUCCGGUAAAAGUGCACGUGGAGAAGCCUGUGGCGGUGCACAUACCAAGGCCUUAUCCAGUAUACAUCGAGAAAAAAGUACCAGUAGCUGUAGACCAUCCAGUCCCGUAUCCCGUGAAAAUACCUAUAGACCGUCCCGUGCCCAUACACAUACCGGUAGAUAAGCCAAUACCGUAUCCAGUGGAAAGAAAAAUACCAUAUCCCGUCAAAGUACCGGUUGACAGGCCGUAUCCGGUCCACGUACCCAAACCAUAUCCCGUGCACGUUGACAGGCCAGUACCGUAUCCGGUCAAAGUCCCGGUCAAAGUACCAGUUAAAGUGCCCGUUCCGUACCCAGUGGAAGUUAAAGUCCCAGUUCACAUACCGGUGCACACCCAAUCGCAGCAUGGUUACGGUAACGAGCCAACAAAAUACAACCAUCAACAACAACAUCAACAACAACAACAACAACAACAUCAACAUCAACAACAACAACAACAACAACAACAACAACAACCACACCAUGACUCGUAUAGGCAAGGUGGGCUACUAAAUCAAGAGAGUUCGUCGGACACUACCGGAUUCGGUACUGCAUUCGUAAACAAUUACGACAACGGUUUUACCUCGUUCGGUAGUGGCCAAGAUCAAGGGACGCCAGACGCCUAUGGUGGUAAUGAAGACUACGGAUCUUCACAUGGAUGAUCCGUGUGAAAUUUACCAAUUUAUAAACCAUAGUAAGUGACAUUUGCUGCCAUUUUAUCGAGCUCAUUGCGCUCAACGCAAUUGAGCAUAAUUUAGACUUGUAUAACAAUGUAAUAAUAAUAUAAUAGGUAGGUACAUACUAAACAUACCAAUAAAAAUAAUAUUUGAACACA